AUGGCGCUCAUAUUUAAGAACAUACCAAACUUUAGCUUGCGGUUUUUAUCGAUGGUUGCAGGCUCGCUCAUGAUUACCGGAGGCAUACUGAAUGUUUUCAACCUCUUCCAAACUGUCAUCAAUCUGUACAUCAUAUGCUCAGGCGUUCUCUUAAUCCUAUGUGAUGUGAAGACAUUCAAUUUUUACCGACACAUACAAUUCUUAUUCACAGUAGUUGGCAGAAGCCUAUACAUGCUCAUAAUAGGCUCCAUCCUGAUCAACAAGGGUUUUUUCAGCUUGCUUAUAGGAAUUAGUAUCAUUGUAAUUUCCUUUUUGUAUGUAACCCUGGGUUAUUUUAACGGAAUCCCCAUACCUCUCUUGGACAAGAAUAAUCACAUCGGAAGUUUUCCCGAUCAGAAGAACAACAUCCAAAGUACUUGCUCUAUGGAGACAAGGGAUGGCUUCAAUUAA